AUGAUACGUACAGCCUUGUUCUCGAUACGUCCACAGGCUGGAUUGCUGCCUACUGCUAGUAGACUGUCUUCCAUCAUCCGACACAAUUCGUCAACUCCACAAACAGAUGAAAGCAAGCUGCCGGUAAAGGUCGUUCCGGGAGAGAUAUUCGAAGCUGACCAUGUAUCUGGAGUACCAACGGAAAUAUCACAUCGUACAGUCCGUAUCUUCUCUCCUGCUAGAACCGCCAUGCAGCAAGGGACAAAUAAGACGGAUGACUGGCGUAUCGAAUUCGAGGUGCAGGACAGAUGGGAGAAUCCAUUGAUGGGUUGGGCUUCAAGUGGUGAUCCAGUACAAGCAACCACAACCAAAUUCUUAUCAAAGGAAGAUGCCAUCAGAUUCGCUGAACGACAAGGCUACGACUACUUUGUCGAAGAGCCCCAAGUGCCUAAACCUAGAAAGGCAAACUAUUCUGAAAACUUCAAGUAUAACCCAAACAAGCUGAGAUAUAUCAAAACAAAGUAG